AUGUGGGAAUCUGUCAACUGUGAAGGGCCGUCGCUGUGCUUUCACGCCGGUUCUGUUGUUAGAGAUUGUUUUUACAUACACGGUGGGGUCACUAGUAGGUUGAGUUCGGAAGCUUCAUUUCAAUUAUGGAAAUUUGAUUUUUCGUCACUGAAUUGGUCUUCGAUUACGUCAUCAGGGGCACCUAAUUGCAGUCAUCAUGUCGCCGUGACGCAACACGAUCGGUACUUGAUUCUGAUUGGUGGAUGGAACGGAAAGUCCCGUACGUCGGAUGUUCAUGUCUUCGAUUGUGUAGACGAAACUUGGCAUCAUACAAGGACCAUAGGGUUUCCUGAAGGCGCCGGUCUGAGUUCACAUACUGCAACUUCACUUCGAGAUGGAAAUUUUAUUGUUACUGGCCGAGAGGGCGGGCUGCGAACACAGAGAAGAGCUGGUUCAACAUUUAAACUCUCUGGUGAUGCAUCCAGGAGAGGAUGCAGUUUUCAAUAUUUGGAUACUUCAAUGGGAAUAGCGUCUCGUUCUGGUCAUACUGCAUGCCCCAUGACACAAGGCCGAUUGGCUCUACUUGGUGGUCGAUCCGAUCAUCUAUUGGAAUAUUUAGUGAAAGUUCCUGUUACAAUCGACGUUCAUCCAAAAAUUGUUGAGAAACUGUCUUGUCUAUGCACAGGCCUGAGACCGUGUCCCAAACCACCAGGCGGUAGAAGGAAUCAUGUUAGUGUGUCUGUGGGUGAGAUGGUUGUCAUGCACGGUGGUGAGACGUUUGAUGGAAAGGCGAAGGCUGCUGUUUUUGAUGUUUGGGUUAUGGAUGUACGAGGAGGCGGUCUGAAGUGGCUGAAAGUGGGACAGGGUGUUGGCGAUGUGGCUCGUGCUGGUCACGUGGUGUGUGUUGCUAGGGACAACAUUUUCAUUCAUGGUGGAUUCGACGAGAGCGGGAGGACUCGCAAUGAAGUGAUGAAACUUUCCUAACGAAAAACGAGAUUUGAGUGUGUCUGUAUGAGGUGUGUUUGAGGUAUGUGCAUAGAGCUACUUACAUGCAACACAGCAGUCCUUAAAUCUUCUCUACUACACCAUUUUUAAUUUAACUACAACAGGAAUGCAGUUGCUUACUCUGUGUACUCCAUUUUUGGCUAUUAGCUUUACGCGGUCAUCGUUUCAUGCUGUUUUAUUAGACGCAAUAUUUUUCCUUAGAUAUGCUGCAGUUAAUUAAGUUAAUGCCAGACUGACAAGUACGUAUGUACACAUCUAUCUCGGCUCGUCUAAAUAU